AUGCAGCGGGAGCCCAAUCCUCUGGUGGGUCUAGGUUUCGCGGCGGAUUGCGAAUCGAGAGAGACGAAUGAGGGCAUAGAGGCGAUCUUUAUUCGCCGAAAUCUGGGUUCCUUCGCCUUUCUUAGUCGACAGAAUAUAGGCGUAAAUCGAACAUGCAUGCACCCAGAAAGCAUCUUAGAACUCUAUGAGAUUGGGACUGAAUCGGAAUUCCAAGUAAUUAGUUCGUUCUUUGCACAAUGGUGUCUGUUCUGA